AUGAAUUCCGGAAAUAUGGUUAUGUGUAUAAAUAAUCCGGAUGAGCAUUCAAAUAAACAUUCCAGUGGUGAAUUGAGUAGUAUCGGUGAUUGUGAUGGUGGAUGUGGUGGUGAUGAUUCAAGUGGUUGUGAUAGUGAUGCUGAUAUAAGUUGGUCAUCCGAAGCAGAAAUGAGUUAUCAACAAAGCAAUCAUAAAUCACCAUCAUUAUUAUUAUUACUUCAACAACAUGAUGAUAAGCAGGUUAUAUCACCAAUCAAUAAUACCGGAAAUGGUGGUAUAAUGAAGGAUGAUGAUUCGAAUAGUGAUAGUGAUGAAGAAUUUGCGAUUCAUCCAUGUUUACGAGGACUUAUCAAAUCAAAAUCAAUAUCAUCAAUUCAAAAACACCAUUGCGCUGAUGGAGAAAUUUUCGAUGACAAUACAUUUAUUAAUACAAGUAAUGGUAAAUGUUUAACUGAUGGAAUGAUCAAUACACAAGCAGCAACUGAUGAAGAAACUUCCGCAUCUGUUGUACCAUAUUUUUCACAAAAUCGAGCAUAUUAUAAUCAUCCAUUACCUAUAUUUAAGACAAAAUCAAAUAUAAACAUUAUCGAUAAUUGGUCAAUACCAGCAAAUAAUUUCAAAUAUGGAAUGGAUUUUGAAAGUGAUGAUGAUUUAGAUCAAGCAAGAUCAUCACCAUUUACUUGUUGUUGGUCAGCACCGGAAUUUAUUGCUGAUAACGAGCAACAUACAUCAGAAGAAUUAUCAACUUCAGAGGAAGUUUAUUUCGAUGAAGAAAAUUUGGCGAAUGAAAAAUCUAAACAGUCACUUUUACAAUGUGCUGAUUUAUCCGAAUAUGAUGAACCAAUGCGUACAAGUAUUCUGGAUUUUAAUGGUCCAAUAUCGGGUCAAGUUGAUAAUAUGUCACGUUCAAAUUUAGUACCAAAUGAGACAUGUCCAAGAGCUAUCUCUGAAAAUGAUUCGCUUCGUAUGUAUGGUGCCAGUCCAUCAUCAAAUCGGGAAGAGGAGGAAAUAAAUUUUGCAGACGAAUUAUCGGAAACCGAACAAACAAUCAAUAAAUGGACACCAGAAGCGUUGGUAAAUUUUGCAAAUGAAACAUUCCGUGAAAAUUCUGCCACUGGACAGCAUCACUUACAUGGAAAUUGUGAUGUAAUAUCGACAUCUGUAAAUAUAUCAAAAUCACUUGGAAGUUUGGAUUUAUGGGAAACUGAAAUGGGUUGGAUUACGAGAGUACCAUCACCAGUGGAUCAUUCCGGAAUAGCUAUGCGACAAAGUAUUAGUUGUCAUGAUCAUAUGAUUACAUCAUAUGUGGAUUCUGUUAUACAAAAUCAUUAUAACAGAUGUUCCUCACCCGGUUGUCGUAAAUAUGCAUCGAAACCAGAAACAAUGAAACAAUCAUUAUUGAGUGAUGGAAGUGAUACAUCGGAUGAUGAAUGGAUUCGAUGCGCAGAUGAUGUAGUACCAGAGGAUACACAUGGAAAUGAUCAUUUACAUAAUGAAAUUUGUGCUCACGAAGUUACAGUACCAGUAUUUUUCUCCUCACAUAAUAAUGAUAAUAGCGAUAAUUCAUUUAUCAGUGAUCAACAAAAACAACAACAGCAGCAUAUCAAUAAUUUACAUAUUGAUGAAAACAAACAAAUGAGGAAUGAUAUCAAGGAAGAGAUGAUGAAAUGUGAACGUCCGACAACAUUUUUAAAUGUUCUAAAAAAAGUAACCGAUGAUGAAGAAGAUAUGAUAAAAGAAAAGAAUGAAAUCGACAAUCAAAAUGGUGAUAAAUUUUUAUCAUAUCAAGAAAAAAAUCAACAUUCUACUUUUGUUAAUUUGCCACUACGUCGAUCGUACUCUUUAAAUAUAUUCAAUGAAAUACCGGAUACAUUAAUCAAUUUCGAGAAAGAGAGAUAUUCAUUCAUUACGGAAACGAUUGCUAAUACAAAUGAUGAGCAUCAUUAUGUUGAUAUUCGAGAUUUAUCAAAUUUCAAACAGCAUGAAAUGUAUUGUCCGAAUAUGAAUGAUAAAAGUGAUAUCGAAUAUGAAACAUGCGAAAAUAUUAAGAAUAUUGGUAAUAAUAAUGAUGACGGUAAUGGUGGUCAUGGUAAUAAUGGUAUUAGUAAUGAUGAUGAUGAUGAAAUCUUCGUGGAUCAGAUUCUUCCGGUUCAAAGAAACGAAUUAUCGAAUUUUUAUGGGUUUACAUUUGAUGUCAGAAAUUCAGUUCGUAAUGAUACUACAAAAUUAUCACCAAAUAGCGAUGAAAGUGCAACUUUAUCAAUCGAAAAAUAUAAACCAGAUAAUGAUAAUGAAAUAAUGGAUGAUGAAUCAUAUUCACCAAUAACUUUAUGGGAUAAUUGUUGUGAAUAUGCUCAACAAAUAAAUGAAAUUGCUCGAAUAUGGCUUCAAAAAGCAUCGGAAAUAUCAAAUGUUGAUGAAAUAAUAACUGAUCAAAGAGCUUUUACAAUCUCUCCAAAAUCUGGCGAUUUAACAAAAUUUACCGUAGAAGCAAUUGAAUUGGAUAAUCGACGUUUAGCAGUACCAUCGUUACCAUUCAAUGAUAUACAAUCAUCACUUAAUGUAUUACCUGGAGGAUUUCUUGCUCCUUUUCCAUCAUCAACCGUAUCAGUUCAUCGGCGCUUACCGCCAUUACCAAUUAAUUCAUUAUCAACAGGUGUUAUCACUACUACAACUAAUAAUAAUACUGAUAUUACUACCGCUACAAAUAAUAAUACAAUAACCACUACUGCUUCUGCUCCAUUGACUGGACAAUUUAAUCCAACAAUAUCACCGAUGUCAACAAAUUUAUUUUCACCAUCAACAAUCAUUUCUCGCCCUGUUCAAUCAGUUACUAAAGAAGAUCACAAGAUUUGUUUUGGUACAGAUUCAGUAAUGGAUCGUUCGGCUUUAUUAUUUGAAGAUAGCUAUUAUGAGGAUAGUAAUCUAAAUGGCAAUCAAUUUCAUUGCAAGAAAGUACUUUCACAAUUUGGUCAAGAAGAUUCAUCAGGUGUAUCAAGUUGUUGUACCGGUUCCGAACAAUUUAAUCCAACACAUCGAGUACAUUCAACAUUUAUACCACGACAUGAUGAUGAAGUAAUUCUGGAAAUUGGUGACGCGAUUCAUGUAGAACGAGAAUGUGAAGAUCAUUGGUGUUAUGGAAUAAAUCUAAGAACCAAUCAACAUGGUAUAUUUCCAUCAGCACAUGUUUGCGAAAUUGAUUUGGUUGAAGAAAUUUGUAUGGGAGCUUUACCAAGUAAUGUUAAUCAAACAAUGUCAAGUGAACGUGACACCUUUUAUUUGACAAUGUUAGCAUCAAUUGAAGUUGCUCAUCAUAAGGGAAAUGAUAUUCUUGUGCAAGCUAUGAAUAAGGUACUUAGUGUUUAUCAAAAUAAGGAAGAAAUAAUAGUACCACAAACGGUAUUGAUGGAAGUAUCAUUUCGUGGCAUACAUAUUAUCGAUAAACGACGAAAGAAUUUUUUCCAAUGUCCAACAUUUGACUUCUUCUAUAGCUUACAAAAUAUUUCAUUUUGUGGUGCACAUCCAAAACAACUUAGGUAUUUUGGUUUUAUAACGAAACAUCCAUUAUUGCCACGUUUUGCAUGUCAUGUUUUCCUAUCGAAUGUUUCAACGCAACCAAUCGUUGAAUCCAUUGGACGCGCCUUUAAACGUUCAUAUGAUGAAUAUAUGGCAUUCGCACAUCCAACGGAGGAUAUUUAUCUUGAAUAA